GCAGAGCCGACCGCCGUCGUCUCAUCCCACUUCCCCACAGCCAGCCAACCAACCAACCCCACAGCCAACGCCAUCACCCCCAUCUCCAAAAUGGUGCUCUCUUCGGCCACGACCGAAGACUCGAACUUCGGCUCCUCCGAUAGCGAUGAUGCAUACAACACCAGCUCGAGCGCGUACCCUCCGCACCCACCGAUCACUCGAAUUCUCGGGCUCUCCUCCGGGACCUUCUCGGACGCGGCGAAGGAGCGGUUCAUCCAGCUGCAGCUCGCCGUAGCAGAGCGCGAGUUCGGCUUCCGGCCGUCAGCGGUGGAGCACGAGGGGCUCGCAUACUACAACGCAGUCUUCUACGCGGCGGAGUCAAAAGGCUCGUUGUAUGGGACGCUCGCGGGCGGGGCGAUCGGCGCGCUGAUGACGCGGCGGCAGCGCAACGUCGGCUUCCUCUUCCGCGGCAUUGGCAAUCGGCUAGGUGUCCAGCCCAAGUGGCAGCUCCUGGCUAGCAGGCUGACGAAUUUUGCGUUUAUUACGGCGGUUGGACGCCUCUGGGGGAUCACGAGUUAUGGUGUGCAGGCGUUUAAUCAGACUGCGAAGAUGCAGAGAGAGGAUCCCAAUAUGAAACGGUACCUUGAGGCGAGGGAUCGCUGGCUGGCGCAGAGGCAGAAGGAGGGGAGGGCGGGGGUUACGAGGGCCGUCAUGCAGGUCGGCCAGGAGGCGCAGAGGGCGAGGGAGCGGCAGCAGCAGGACGAAGGGGAUCCGCAGAGUCUCGGCGGGGUGGACUUCUACGAGGAUAGGAAGCCGGCGGAUGGUAGUGCCAGCGGCGUGGUGGAAGAUAGCGGCGAGACUAGGAGGAUCAGCAUGGAGGCGAAAGUGGGCGCGCGCAGGAAGAGGGAGGCGGAUGCGGAAAACGUCAGGCAGCGCGCGAAUGAACGGCACACCGAUGAUGAUCCGUUCUUUGGCGAUUCCGAGCAGACGCAGUCGGAUGACUCCCGGGUUGUCAGGGCGAGGCAGAAUAACAACUCUCAGGGCGGAUCGGCGUGGGAUCGCCUGCGCCGUGGUGAGCAGGGUGAUGCCGCCAACAGGGACGAUUCCACUGCUUCCGCGUGGCCGAGGAGAUCGGCCAUGAAGGGGUUUGAGCAGUCGGAGGCGAAGGAGGACUCGUUCUCGUUCAGUACGGGAGACCGCGAGAGGGCGAAGGAGGAGGCGCAGAGGUUGUUCGACGAGAGGGUUGAGAAGGAACGGCGUGGCGAGGGGAGGGAUGGAUUCGCCAAAGAGGUGAAUCAUAACAGGGAAGGCAGGCAGUGAUGGACCGCAUCUCUUACAUGUAGAGUAAACUGUAUUUUAGUUAACGAAACUGUACUUAAGUUUGUGUAUCGGGGAGACAAAUAUCGUGAGCCAUGGAUGCUGAUGAAAGGCUAAAGGAUUAGUGAAAGCACGCCAGCCA